UCCGGAAGUUGAUCGUCAGCCCUGAAAGGUGCGGUUGUCGUGUGUUCCUGUAAAACGCGCCCUCGGCCGCGCGGAGGAUGGUUUCCAGUCCCAGUUUGGUCCGUGGAGCUCGCUAACACCAGAGGGUUUUUUAUAUAUAUAUGAGCAACAUGAGGACGACGCGCACCAAACACGGCCUCCUGCGUGCGUGCGUCCUCUCGUGCUUCGUCGUGUCCCUGCUGUGCUCCACCUGCAGCGGGGUCCUCUCCGGGCGGGACGCGGCCUCCCGGCAGCCCGGGCCCAGGCGCAGCCGCCGCGGUCUGUCCAGCCCGAAGCAGGUGGGCGCGCAGCACCGGACGACGGACGAGCAGCGCGGGGACCAGAACGUGCAGUUCAUGCUCAGCUUGUACCGGAGCGCGGCGGAACCGGACGGGAGGCCCAAGCAGCACCGAAAGUUCGGCUCCAACACGGUGCGCCUGCUCAGAGCCUCGGCCUCCACGGUGCACUACCAACCUGCGGCAAGAGACCACCACUACACCUUCACGGUUCAGUACCACCUGGACACUCUUCCCUCCGAGCAGCUGAUCAGAGCCUCUUUCAUCCACCUCCGCUCUUCAUCCCCUCCCUCCUCAUCAUCCCUUCCCUCCUCAUCUUCAUCCCCUCCCUCCUCAUCCCAGGCCCCUGAGCCGCUCCGCUGCAGAGCCCAGAUCCCCUCGCUGGGCCCGGGGAGCCAGGUCACCCUGGAGCCCCACGAGCAGUGGACAGAGACGGACAUCACGGCGCAUGUUAUGGGACACUUCCUGCAAAGGAAGGACCAGGACGCGGGCGGACCCUUGACCCUCACUGCCCAGUACUGGUGCACAGAACCCUGGCUCGCCGGAGAGGACAGCGGCCCCUGGUGGUGGUGGAGGUCUCGUCUUCGAGGACAACGGAGAGAGGAAGCUCACCUCGAGGUCCCGUCUCUGCUUCUGUACUUGGAGGAAGGGAGGGAAGGGAAGGACUGGAUGGCGGAGCUGUUGGGGGCUGAAGGCAGAAACAUCAUGAGACAAAUCGGGCGGUGGCACCCUUCAGUGCGCCGCCGCCGUCGCUCCAAAGACUCGUCUUCAGAGUCCAAAGAUCCUUUGCUGGAUGUUCUGAGAAACGCCCCGACUUCCUCGUCGUCCUCCUCUUUUCCCUCGCUGCCCUCGGCCUCCAUCGCCUCCGACAUCCCCAACUACAAACGCAAAACCAUCAUGCCCAAGAACCGCUGCAAGCUCCACUCGUUCCGCCUCUCGUUCGACGAGCUCGGCUGGGGCCACUACUUCAUCGCCCCGCCGGUGUACAACCCCCGCUUCUGUCAAGGCGACUGCCCGCGCCUGCUCCCCAGCGAAUUCCACUCCCCCAACCACGCCAUCAUCCAGACGCUCAUCAACGACCUGGGCAUCGGGGACGUCCCUCCGCUGUCCUGCGUGCCCUGCAAGUACAUGCCCAUGAGCGUGCUGGUCGUGCACAAGAAGAAGGUGGAGUACAAGGAGUUUGAGGACAUGGUGGCCAAGUCGUGCACGUGUCGCUAAAAGGACUCUGGGAGCGAAGAGGACUAAAAGUGGGGGGCGGACUUGACGGGUCAUUUGAUCUGAAGCUCGGCGGCGGCGGCUGACCGUAACGAGCUGGAGGCAGGAAGUCGUUGUGGUUUCCGAUGCUCGCCAUCACUGUGAAAGCACUUUAAACCGGCAGCUGCUGGAUGUGAACUCUGGGCUGUGCCGACGGGAGCGAGUCCCCGACGUUAUGAUUGAACUAAUAAUAAUUGUAAUGUGAUUCUAAAGCACUGCGCUGGUUGCUCCAUUUCUCACUCACUGUCAUGUUUGCAUUUCGCCGCUGAUUCAUUGUUGGAAGCAUUUUAAGCCACUUGUGAGUAAUUUAAAUCGAUUUGAGUGGUGACGUCACAAAUCAAACUCCUGCAGAAAUUCGACUUUACACCUUUUUUAAGAAAAAACUUUAGGGAUCAACCGCAAAUCGUCUAAUGAAUCUUUCUUUCCUCUUCAUGUUCGUGUAUCAAUUCAGUUUUUUUUUU